CAGGCUGCAGUUGCGCUGUGCCUGUGCGUCCAGUUCCAUCGCUUUCCCUCCUCCCCAGUCCCCACUCCCAGAUGCGAUUUCCCUCUCCACCGCCACAGCGCCUAGCUUAGCCAGCCAGCCGGCGGCCAUCGCCGCCGCAAUGGCGACCGCGUCGGAGGACGAGGCCGCCUCGGACCGCUGCAGCGGCAGCUACAGCCCCAGCGCCGACGUCAGCGAGUCCGAAACCUCCAGUGACUGCUCCGCGCCCACCACGCGCCGCUUCGCCUCCUCCUCCUCGGCCUCCGCCACCGUCUCCCGCCUCGCGUCCUCCUCCUCGUCGCUCCCCACCCCGGCAUCGGCCGCCGCCUUCUACCUCUCCAAGCCAACCCCCGACCUCUCCGAGAUCGACAUGAUGAAGGAGCGCUUCGCGAAGCUCCUGCUCGGCGAGGACAUGUCGGGCAGCGGGAAGGGCGUCUGCACCGCGCUCGCCAUCUCCAAUGCCAUCACCAACCUCUCCGCCACCGUGUUCGGCGAGCUGUGGAGGCUGGAGCCGCUCGCGACGGCGAGGAAGGCGAUGUGGACGCGGGAGAUGGAGUGGCUGCUCUCCGUCGCUGACUCCAUCGUCGAGCUCACCCCCUCCAUCCAGGAGCUCCCCGAAGGCGGCGGCCAGUUCGAGGUCAUGGUCCCGCGCCCGCGCAGCGACCUCUACAUGAACCUCCCCGCGCUCAAGAAACUCGACGCCAUGCUCCUCGCGAUGAUUGACGGGUUCAAGGAUACGGAGUUCUGGUACGUGGACAGAGGGGUUAUGGUCGAGGAUAGCGGGGGUCCGUUCCCGUCCUCAUCCUCGUCGUCUUGUGGCCGGCCGUCAGUGCGGCAGGAGGACAAGUGGUGGUUGCCCUGCCCAAGAGUGCCGCCCAAGGGGCUGUCUGAGGACGCGAGGAGGAAGUUGCAGCAAAGCAGGGAUUGUGCAAACCAGAUACUCAAGGCGGCCAUGGCGAUUAACAGCGAUGUGCUCGCCGAGAUGGAAAUCCCCGAAGUGUACCUGGAGACACUGCCCAAGAACGGUAAAUCUUGCUUGGGUGAGAUAAUUUAUCGAUACAUAACAGCUGAGCAGUUCUCACCAGAAUGUCUCCUAGAUUGCUUGGAUCUAUCAUCCGAGCACCACACACUUGAAGUGGCAAACAGAAUAGAAGGUGCCAUCCAUGUUUGGAAACUGAAAGGCCAAAAAAAGUCGACACCUCAAGCCAAAUCAAAGAUAUCUUGGGGUGGAAAAGUGAAGGGUCUUGUUGGAGAUAAGGAGAAGAGCCACACUUUGUCUGAAAGAGCUGAUGGUCUAUUGCAGAGCUUAAGAUUGAGAUAUCCAGGCCUGCCACAAACUUCCCUUGACAUGAACAAGAUACAGUAUAACAAGGAUGUCGGGCAGUCCAUACUUGAAUGCUACUCAAGGGUUCUGGAGAGCUUGGCAUUUAACAUAAUUGCAAGAAUUGAUGAUGUGAUCUAUGUUGAUGAUGCUACAAACAGAUCAGCUGCUGCUGAGUCUGUUUCGAUCUUCAAUCGUGGCACAGGUGUGCCAGUUCAGAAGAGGAUCUCUCCAAGCCCAUUCUCUAUUCAGAAUUCGCCGUAUGGCUCUCCGUUCGCAACACCCACUUUCUGCUCAUCCACCCCAGUUACAGGCAGCCCUGGAAGGGUACAGCCCCCAUUAAACAAAAACAUUCUAGGAACUCAAGAAAUCAAGGUCGAAAAGCUCUUUUCUGGUGAUCUAGAGAAGGUCUGGACAUAUGCAGGAAACUUGAGCGCUAGGAAAGACGCUGGAGAUGCUCCUGAGAGAGACUGAAGGGCGAUGGAGGAAGGUAGACAUGUACCGACAGCCGACAGAUCCUGUAAUUGCUAGUAGCUAGAUCUUCCUGUACAGAAGCAGCAUGAGUAUUUUUUUUUGUUCUUUUUGUAGCGAGCCGAUCAUUGUGUGCUCUGCUUACAAUGAAUGGAUGUCACCUGAUCUGAACAGAGAAACUUGUAGUUUCAGCUGUAGUUUUUUUUU